GGAUGACGCGAUAAACGGUCCGGCAGCGACCGACGCGACGUCCUGCAGACGACGACAUAUUUGAAACCGAGCGCCGUAGCAACAAUCGCGUUGCAGCGGACACGGCGUUUCGGGUGAACUGUCCGAAUCGAAGACCGGACGGACGACGAGCGCACCGACCACGGGGUACACCGGGAAUCCGAUGACGGAUCCGCGACGCGAUAAGUAACCUGUCUCGUGUAAACAUUUAAAAUGAAGCGUCAAAACGUGCGAACAUUAUCUUUAGUAGUAUGUACGUUUACAUACUUGCUAGUCGGAGCUGCAGUAUUCGAUGCGUUGGAAUCGGAAACUGAAAGAAAAAGAUGGAAUAACCUUUUAGAAAUGAAGUCAUUACUCGUAAGAAAAUACAGCAUAAGUGAAGACGACUACAGAAUGAUGGAAGUAGCCAUUAUAGAGAAUAAACCACAUAAAGCUGGGCCACAAUGGAAGUUUGCCGGAGCGUUUUACUUUUCUACAGUCGUAUUAGCUAUGAUAGGUUAUGGACAUUCAACACCAGUGACUAUUGGUGGCAAGGCAUUUUGUAUGGCGUAUGCAAUGGUGGGCAUACCAUUAGGACUUAUUAUGUUCCAGAGUAUUGGUGAACGUUUAAAUAAAUUUGCAUCGGUUGUAAUUAGGAGGGCUAAACAGUAUUUGAAAUGUAAAAAAGAAGAAGCAACAGAAAUGAAUUUGAUGUUCGCCACUGGACUUCUGUCGUCAGUCAUCAUCACAACUGGCGCGGCCGUGUUUUCGAAAUACGAGGGAUGGAGUUAUUUCGACAGUUUUUAUUAUUGUUUUGUUACGCUAACCACCAUCGGUUUCGGAGAUUACGUCGCACUACAGAACGACCAAGCGUUGACGACCAUGCCGGGCUACGUGGCUCUGAGUUUGGUAUUCAUUUUGUUCGGACUCGCAGUUGUCGCCGCUAGUAUCAACUUGUUAGUGCUACGUUUCAUGACAAUGAACGCGGAGGAAGUGCGACGCGAGGACAACGAGCUGCAAGGCGUUUCCCAGCACGUGAUCACGGUGGACGGCGAGGCGGUGACGUCGGUGAACGGCAAACUGUUGGCCGGACACACGAUCGCCCGGGACGCGGGUGACGACGUGGACCAGGUGUCCGUGUGCUCGUGCACGUGUGUGGGACCGGUGCAGUACGACUACAACAGGGACAUGCGGCCCGCGGAACGGGCCGCCGCGUCGGCCGCGGCCGCGGCCGCCGUGGUGUACAACAGUCCGCCGUCCGAACCACCCGUUCUUUCGAUGAAAAGAGUGUCGAUAUAGAGCGGCGGCGGGUGCGGCUCGGCGGCGCGAUGUCCCCGCCCCCCGACCCGUCUGCGGGGACGUGCGCGUGCGCGCGCGCGGUGCGUUUACGAGCGGCGAUGUUGCGCUAUGGUAAAUGUUCGGCAACGACGACGUCGCACGAGGCGUAACACCGUAACCACUCGACACCGUCCGGAGGGAAUUCUCCACGCCGGAUCAAAGACUCGUCGCUGCGCAUCUACCGUACACGCGCACGCACACGCGCGCGAACGCACCCGAUUUUUUUUUUUUUUUCUGUUAGUUUCGUUCAGUCCAACACGAUUCAAUAAUGCGUCUUUGUUGUACAAUAACUUCGCGUGACGCUUAACACGUGUAUAGGAUUACGAACGCUGUAUUAUCGCGUCGACGUGGGUUCGCUUUGCCGUUGCGUUGUUAUGCUCACGAUCACCCUAGUGCCCGCCAAAACGAUUCGAUAAAUUUGUUAGUUGAAUGGAAAAAUAAAAAUUUAUUACGUUUACGGUA